AUGGCGCGAACAUCAUUAGUUGAUGAUGCUGCGCUUGGCGAAGAGGACGACUUCGGUGAUGGUUCUUUUCAAUUAGAUAUAUCGGGAAUAUCUGGUUUUGGAACAGAUUUAGAUGCAACUAAUGAUAUGCUUUCACUACAAAACAGUCAAACACUCAGUCCAUUAAAUCCAAGUCGUUCGAAUUCAAAAUUAAGUAAUAAAUCAGGUUUAGGGUCAGUUGGGACGAUAAAUCAACUGGAGCGAAAACAAAAUCGGGCUUCGAAGGCAAUUCCUCUCGAAAAUAUAAUGGAGCAAGAAGAUGAUGAUUUACCAGAUUUCAAUUCAGCAGAUGAAUUAAUGGCAAAGCCUCUUCCUACUAUUGACGAAAAACCACUAGCAAAAACCACUCCAAAUCCAGUACCGGUCGAUAACAACGCAAAUCUGAAUACAAGAACAAAACCAACGGGAUUUGAUCCAAUUCCAAUGCCAAACCAGCCAAAAGCUGAACCACCUAAACCAUCAGUAUCCAAUUUUGAUCCUGUUCCUAUGCCAAGUACACAACAACAGCCUCAAAAUGAAGCAAUUCCAACACCUGAUAUUCCUUCUACUACUGGUACAAGAAGGUUAUUAACUGGUGGACUACUUUCAAGAAAGAAUUUACUUCAAAAUACUCCAUCAACAGAAACUAAACCAGAGCCAAAGAAUGAUGAUCUUUUUGGAGAUAUUCCUUUCCCUGCGCUGCCAUCUGAUAAGCCUAAACAGCAAGUACCUGAACAACCACAACCUGUUCAAAUUAAUCAACAACAAAAUCAACCAGUUAAUAUAAGCCAAACACCCGCUCAAAUGCAGCCAGUCAUGCAACAAAAUCCACAAAUGGCAACUACUAUUCCAAAUAAUCAAAUGCCUCAGCAGCAAAUCCCAAUUCAAGCAAAUCAAAAUCAAAUUCAAACACAACCUAUUCCUAUGCAGCAAAAUCAACCACAGAUGACUAUGGUAUCCCCAAUGCAAACGAUGCCUAUGCAGAAUAACCAAACUCAAGUUCCAAUGCAGAUGCCAAUGCAACCACAGCAGCAACAACCAUCUCCAACUAUGCCACAGCAAAUGGGCAUGAUGCAAGGUGUUCCUAUGCAGCAAACACCGCAGCAAAUGCCAAUGCAAGCAACUUCACCACUAACAAUCCAAAUUCCUCAACAAAAUAACCAAUUUUCGCCAAAUGGAACUCCUUAUGGACAGCCAUACUAUUCUCAGCCACAGUCCCAAGGUCAAUACUAUUUUAACAACACUCCAAGUCCACCUCCUUACUCAGUCUAUCCAUAUUCUGUCCAAUUUCCACUUGAACUUGGUUUUUCAAGUUCAUUAGAUCGAUCCAUUGCUAAUUUCAAGCGUAUUUUUAGCAGCGAAUUUUCAUCAAUAAUAAGAUCUCAAAAUUUACAGCAGCAACAGAAUGGUUUUGACUUCGAUGACUUUACUGAUAAACUUGCUAAUGAAAUUUCUCAAAUAAUCGAAGCUCCAAUCCAACCUACAGAUAUCGAUGUCCAAAACAUCACCAGAAAGGUCUCAACAGCCAUUGAUGAAAAUACUAAGCAUGUAACUAAUAUUCUUUCCGAGGCAGAAGUCAGAAAUUCCCAAUCUGCAGAUCAUCAUAUUCAGGAACUCAAGCAAUUACAAGAAGAGCUUGAUCAUUUGAGAACAUCUUUCAAGCAAAGUAGUGAUACCAUCAUCAGAGAACUUGAACGCGAAAGACAAAAUUCGGCCGCAAUUAGAGAAGCAGAAAACAACAGAUCCAGAGAACUUGAACAAAGGCUCAGGAAUCUUAAACUGAGGCAGAUCGAGUUAGAUACAAGAUUCAAGAACCAAGCAUUAGAAAAAGACUCAUUUGAUAGGACACAAAAAUCAUUUGAACAGAAAAGAAGGGAUUGGGAAGAAGAAACACUACCAAAACUAUAUGAUGACAAUAGCUCUGUUAGAAGAAGAAUCAUUGAUGAGUUAAGUGCAUUUAGAACAGAAGUUUCUACUGAAUCAUUCGAUGAAUUAUCCAUGGUAAUAAAUGAAGGAUUGAAAGUCAUCAAAGAUGAAGGAGAAAAUCUCAGAAAUGAACUUAUGGAACUUGAAAUGGCUAAUAGAUGGGUGAUGUCAAGACAAGCACCUCCUCCCCAACCUCAAAAGCGAAGUCCGAAGAGAUUGAAGAAAUCGUCUGUUUUAGAUCAAACACAGGAGAAACUAAGUAAGAUUAGAAGACAGAGAGUUGAAUCAAUGAAGGAUCUUUCAGAUCAACUUUAA